AUGUCCACAAAAGCUAGACGACGACUUAUGAAUGAUUUCAAGAAGAUCCAACUUGAUCCUCCACCAGGAGUCUAUGCAGUUCCACUUGAUGAUAAUAUAAUGAAAUGGCACGCAAUUAUUUUGGGCCCUGAUGGCACAGCGUUUGCAGAUGGCAUUUUCAGAUUAACUAUGGAGUUUACAGAAAGUUAUCCUAAUGUUCCGCCGAUCGUUCGAUUUGUUUCCAAAAUGUUCCAUCCCAAUGUGUAUACUGAUGGCAGUAUAUGCUUAGACAUAUUACAAAACAUGUGGUCUCCAUCGUACAACAUCGGAGCUAUUUUAACUUCGUUACAGUCUCUCCUGGGUGACCCAAAUCCUAACUCUCCUGCCAACACAGCAGCAGCAGAACUAUUUGAGGAAGACAAACGACAAUAUGAAACCCAGGUGCGGGCGAUUGUUGAAGAGUCAUGGCGGGACGAUGGACCCGUGGACUAAUAUUCUUUUGUACUUAAAUGCCUUUGAUUUAUACAAAUGUAAAUAAUAUUUUUCUUCACAAAACUAAGCACUUAUAUGCUGUGACAGUCUUUACUGUCAGAUUUUGUAAUAAUAGCGUGGGUAGAUAUGUUGUGUACUAUGACUAAAUGCGGUCACAGACUUCAUAAAAAUGUAAACUCUUGUGAGUAUGUUGUCACAUAUUACGGACUAUAUUUGGUCGACUCGAAAAAAUAACUAGAUAUUAAAGUUUGAUCAAUAAAUUCCAUCGAAGUGUGCAGUGUAUUGAUAAAAUAUAUAUUCAGAUCUAAAUAAUGACGAGUAAAUUCGUUAAUAUAGGUACCAAAAGUAUGUAUCAUUAAACAAAAUAUUCUCAUUAUAUGUUCUCGUUAAUAACAUACCCAAGGCUACUUGAUCGUUUUAAGUAAAGAUUACAAGUUUAGAAGAGUGCGGACCUCAGAUAUUUGAUCGCCCAACUAAAAGUUGUUACCACAUUUAUUCUACCACCCUGGUGCAUGCUCACCUAGUAAAUGAAAUUCGUCUUAUCCUUACUCGAAUGCAAAUGUAUGUGAGGCACGUAAAUAAGGACAUUGGCGAUUGUGAGUUGCUGACACUGGUUUUGUUGGCCUAUUGGAUAAAACUAAUUUUAGUGAAGAGUAUUCCCAGGCACAUGUGACAUCAUAAUUCUAUAGUCGUAAUAAUAAGCACUUCAGUAAUUAAGAAGGUAAGUGUGACAUAUCUGUUAGAUCAAAAACAUAAGCAAUCUUAGUCCUCGAAGACUAAUUUAACAUAUUUAUCAGACGUAAAUAUUUUCCAUGUAUUGACAAAGUUUACCUAGCGCUUCAAAUGCACUUGCAGAAAAAAUCUGAGCCU